CCCCGCCGUGCAACCGGGACCUCCCUGAGCGCGCCCCUCCUUCCCCCCCCGGGUCUUUGGUGUCUGUCUCCCAGGUCCGAAGGCACCCAUGCUGUUUCGUUUCGGGGUAAUUCUCCCCGCCCGGCUGACUGAAGGCGGGACGGUGCUUUGCGUGUCGGGGUCUCGGCCGGAGCUGGGUCAAUGGGACCCCAAGCGCGCGCUGGCCAUGAAGCCUGGCCGGCCGCUGGCUCCUUUGCCUGCUCAAGAACCAGUCUUGUGGCUCGCCGAGGUGGCGCUGCCCGAGGAAGAGGCCGCGAGCACCUUUUGGUACAAAUUCCUCAGGCGGCUCGAGACAGGAGACGCCGUCUGGGAAGGUAAUGGACCCCACCAUGAUCGAUGUAGCAUUUAUAACCCAUGCAAUUUAGUUGAUGGAGUUUACUGCCUCCCAAUAGGGCACUGGAUUGAAGUUUCUGGGCAUACGGAUGAAAUGAAGCAUACAACUGACUUCUAUUUUAAUAUUGCUGGACAUCAAGCUAUUCACUGCUCCAGGAUUUUGCCAAAUCUAUGGUUAGGAAGUUGCCCUCGUCAAGUGGAACAUGUGACUGUCAAGCUAAAACAUGAGUUGGGUAUUACAGCUAUAAUGAACUUCCAGACCGAAUGGGAUGUAGUUCAGAAUUCCUGGGGAUGCAACCGCUAUCCAGAACCAAUGAGCCCAGAGGUUCUCAUGAAGCUGUACAAAGAUGAAGGCCUUGCUUACGUCUGGAUGCCAACACCAGACAUGAGUACUGAAGGAAGAGUACAGAUGCUACCUCAGGCUGUCUAUCUCCUACAUGGGCUGCUGGAGAAUGGGCACACUGUCUACGUUCACUGCAAUGCAGGUGUUGGUAGGUCCACAGCGGCAAUUUGUGGCUGGUUAAAAUAUGUGCUGGGAUGGAACUUGAGGAAAGUGCAAUAUUUCGUAGCCUCCAGAAGAGCAGCCAUCUACAUUGAUGAAGAAGCUCUGGUCCGUGCCGAGGAGGAUUUCUUCCAGAAAUUUGGGUCGCUUCGUUCCUCAUUCAAGCCUUAGCAGCAGCAGAAGAAAUUGCUAGCAGCAUUGUUAGGCUCAUACUUCUGAGAAACCAUGGCCUUAGCUUGAAAAAUGCUACCACUGCCUGAGGAAAUAGUGGGAUGAAAAUUUGAGUGAAUGUGUGGGCAGCAGUCAGGACACAUAAUUAUGUAGCCAUUUUAGAGAAGGGGAAUUCACAUUGAUUGGUACUUUGAUUACUGUUUGGGAGAGGGGCUAAUUCUAGUUUGCCCACUCCUUCAUGUCUCAGCCCUUGGCAGGACCUGGACUGGGAAGCUAAGCAGGGUCAGGCACACUUAGUGGAAGACUUCUGGGGAAUGCCAGGGUUGUAUCUAAAAGAAGGUAGUGGCAAACCAUUUCCAUAGUGUUGCCAAGAAAAUGACAUGGAGAUGUAACUGCCUGAAGUCAAGUUCAGCUUACUGUCUUUCACAAGCAAUUAUUUAGCAUUAUUGUUGAUUUUCUAGCAGAACUCCACAUAUGCCUAUACAAAAACACAGAGCCUGGCAGCUGGACUAGGAAAGAAACUGCAGAUGCAGCCCCUGUUUCUGCACUCCGUUCUUUAUCUGGUUAUGGCUGAGCAUAUGAAAUUUUGUAAACAUCCUAGCCCAUGCAGCAAAUUUGAUAGAGAUGAGCAAUGUGAAGUGUACCAAGCAAAACCUCCAAUGUAGUAUCCUCCAGAUUUGUUAUAAGCCCCAUCUUGGCUAACCUUGGGAGCUGGGGGUGAUGGGAGCUGUAAUACAACAGUUGUGUAAAGGAAAAGAAACAAUUCUGUCAUGCUUGAAAGCGUGGGAGGAGAGCUGUGUUAGUCUAUGAUGGCCAAAAAAAUCAGAGGGACUUUGGUACUACUUUUUCCAUUUAACAAAUGUUAAAAGGUAUAGGUUUUGUGAUGUAAAUUAUACAUCACAGUUGUUAAUUGUUAAAGAACUUAUAAUCUGUCUCAUGUAUAUCCUGUAUCUGUAUAGAUAACCUGUCUUCUCCUCCUUUCCCCCCUCCUGCCUCACCCCAAUUUAAAUCCUACGUCAGUCUAGCCACUCUGUGCAUCUGAUGAAGUGAGAUGCAACUCAUGAGAGUUUAUGCCUUUUAAUAAAAUUUGUUAGUCAAAAAAGUGCUACCAAACUCGUCCUGAUUUUACACUUCGCAGUGGAAGCUGUUACAAAAUAGUAAAUCAUAAACAUUUUUUCUCAUAUACCCACAUGCGCAAUCUAGAUUCUUUGGUUAUUUUAAAUGAAAAUUGUAAUGAGAAAAUAAGAAGUUAAUACUUUGUCAUCUGAACACAUUGAUUUGUGAUAGCAAAGAUUUAUUUUACAAUAUCAGGGUUUCUAUUUUAAACAUACUGUAUAUACUCAUGUAUAAGCCCAUCCACAUAUAAGCCAACCCUUGAAUUUUUGAACAAAAUGGAUGUUCAAAAUUCAAAUGGAUGAACAAAAUUCAUCCACCCAUGAAUAAGCCAACUCUCAAAAUUUUCAGGAUUUAAUUUUCACAAGUGGCUUAUCUAUGGGUGGUGCACUUUCAUAGUAUUUUGAGGGUCUGCUGAUCUGCAGAUAGGCUUAUACUCGAGUGUAUACAGGACAUAUGGGUACUUUUAAAAGGUAUUACCAUUUAUAUUUGUGUAUAAGCCCAUCCGCGGAUAAACUGAAGCCAAUUUUGGGGAUGUAUUUUGGCACCUAAAAUUCUUGGCUUAUCCAUGAGUUUAUACAGUAAAUUCAAAACUAACCUCUAGUCAACUUGUCUCCAGUACUUAAAAAAAAAUCCUGUUUUGUAGAUUUAAUGUUCCAAAAACAUGAUUCUAAUGUAAAAUCUCCAGGAGUAAGAACUAUUUUGUUUUCUAGUUUAUUCUAUACCUGAAAGGGUAACAUGAACUAGGAGUCUUUACACUAGUUAGCUGUUGAAAAGAUUCCUGCACUUAAGUCUUGAUUGCACAGUCCUUCAAAAUUUUUAAUGCUUUUCAGAGGAUGAGUUUUCAUGGAAACAAUACUAUUUACUGGAUAGAGCCAGGUGGAUUAACAUAAUUGCUGCCAUAGAUCCAUAAAUGUGAGGCAGGCAAUGAUUAUGAAGGACAGGUGUUUGGCCUUCCUUUUUGCUUUCCCGUUGGGUGUUAUGGUAGGAAAUAGAUUUAAAUCUGCUCUCGAGUUGGAGAAAAAGAGUUGGAACUAAAAAUAUAUUUUAAAAGUCAGGGAAAUAAUAUGGAAAGACAAAAAAAGAAAAUUUCUCCAGUCCUUGAAUUUGCCUCUGUCAGUAUUGAGUCAUAUUUAUAGCCCUAUCAAAUAUCAAUUAAAAUGAUAUAUCAGAGGAAGACACACACUUUCAGCUCAGUUAUCACUCAAUUAUUAUAUGUAAUAUGUUCUAUAAAAUGCAAUUUAUUUAAUGUUUAGACAAGUUUUUGUUUCUGAUUUUUUUUUAAAAGAAAGCUUGUUUCAAAGAGAUUCCCUAUGUCUAGGUUUAAGAUCCUCUCUAAAGGAUAACCACAGACCUUGAUUUACCUUUUAGGCCAAGUCUUGUUCUGAUUGACUGAGGUUAGACUUGUCCAGGCAGCCCAUCCCAAGUGUCCUAUCUAGUUUGCCGGUGUCAUGUCAUUCCCUAAUUCUGAUAUUUUCCAAGCUGCCAGAAUUUUUGUCAUAUAUUAAAACAAGUUACUGUAUGGAGAAGCUUCAGUACUACCAUGUUAAAGAUGUUGAUGUCAGUACAAUAAACUAUUGUAAUCCAGGUGACCAAUUAAGUAUGUGCAGGAUCAUAGGCUGUGUAUGUUUUAAAACAGAUUAUUAUUUUUGAAUGUAGCUUAAAUGGAAAAUAGUUCAGCUGAAACAAGGGGACCUGUGGACAUUGUGCAGCAAUCUUCAUAAAUUUGUGAAAUCUAGGCUGGAAUAAUUGCCUGGUCUUGAUCUGUGACAACUACAACGUCAGUUGCUACCACAACAUCUGGGAGGAUGCUUAGUGAAGGUGGGAGGAAAGUCCAGAAGCAUUAUAGGCUUUAAUAAACAUGUAUCAUAGCUUAUAGAAGGACAAUUCUUCCUGUAAAUAGUUUUAUUUGAAAACUAACCAUGCAUUGGUUUGUUUUAAAAAACAAUCUAUAUUUUGUUCUUUAUUUUUUGCUAAAGUCAUCUUGUAGGCAAGAAUGGCACUGAAUAUGAUUUUAACUGCAUAUUUGACUUUAUUUCUGAGUUUGGAUUUGAGCUAGCAUGUGCCAUUAAAUAUUUGAAAUGCACAAUAUUAACAAUAAACAAGUUUUGUCUAUUGGACGUCCAAGAUCUGAGCAAGAGUGACUUGUGGUUCUUAUGCUGCAGUUGAAUUAUAACAAUUUACAAUCCAUAACAUAAAUAAGGGGUUAAAAGUAUUUGGUGAUUGUUCCUGACAGUGCAUGGAAGAUAAUUUUUGACAAGAUGAAGGUUGUGUGUGGUCUGUUCAUUUUAAUUAUGCGUGUGGUGUCACAGGACAAAUUCUAAGGCCAAAUGAGAGCCAAUUCAUGCUAACUUGUAGCAAAUUCACAUCAUAGAAACUUCAUCUGUAGUUUCUGUAGAGCCAGCCUAAAUAUUUUGUGAUCUCUUCACUAUUACUUGUAUUUAUUUAGCCACUGUAUGAAAAUGAAAACAAUCCUCAAGAGAACACAGGAUUCAAUCUGAAAUUGGUGGGAUCUAAAAGUGGCACACUGUAGCUGAAUUCCCAUACAUAUAUUAAUAUUUCCAUUAAAGGUGGCUUUUUUUUUUAGGUCUGAAUAAUAGGAUUGGAGGAGAUUAACUAU